GCUUUUUCCUUUGUGGGUAUUGUUUCUUGAUCAAGUGGUGAUGAUUUUUAAUGUUUACCUAGGGCAAAAUAUAGUUUUUUUUCCCUAAAUAUUUGCUGUUUUCUUUUGUGGGGUUUGCUUCUUGAUCAUGAUGCUGAUGAUGUUUACUUGUUUUUGUGAAAAAUCUAUGGGUUUAUUGUGUAUAUAUAGAGUUUUGGUGGUGGGUUUUGUACUUUUUGUGGUGUCGAGUCAGCUUGCGCCCAUGUUGACUAAUUUCACGGAUACCCAUCACUUCCACCAAGGCUAAAUAGAUGGGAAGAAAUUACCUUGUGUGUUUUGUUUUUGCUGGGAUUUGAACUUGAGAGCUCAUGGUGUUUAACCCUGAACCAAUAGGCCACACCCUUGGGUGCUGGGUUUUAUGCUUUCAUAUUUUGUUCUUUAUCUUUUUGAGAGCAUGUAUAGAGAUAUAUUCUAUAUGUGAAAUUAUAGGGUUUUAGGUAAAGUAGCUUGCUUUCUGUUCUGUUUUUUGAUGAAUUAUUUCAUGGUUUUGGAAUGCUUUUGUUGGAAAUUUGGUAUGAGCUGUAGUUUGGGUAAUAAGGAAGCUCUUAAAACGCUUUGUUUGACUUUAGCUGACCAAAAUGGCUUUGGAAUCUUUAUAGAUGCAUAUAUUCCAUUCUGUCCAUGUGUCCAAAAGUUCAUCUAAAUACAUGAAAUAGAUGUUACAGAAAAAUUAUACCUAUCCGAGUCUUUUAAGAAGUCCUGAGUUUUGUACGGCUAAGUCAUUUGAAAGCUACUCAAUUAGGGAACCCCUUGGAUGCAAUUUGCUGCCAUCAUAUUCUCAUAUAAAAAGUUCCUUCCUUGUCUUCUAUGCAAUUGUCUAAAUAAUCUAUUUUUCUAACGGACUUGUGAAAUGGUGGCUGAAAGUUUUUGAUUAUUGGAACCUGGGGAGAGGUAUCUGGUGAGCUUAUCAAAAUGACUUCUUUUUGUUUAUGGUAGACCUUUCAACCUUAUUUGUGUACUUUUGUUUGAUCGGUUCAAUGGCUAUAAAGAUGGUAGUAGUUCGGAUCAUCCUACUCUAAGAAUACUUACCAUGUCUCCAUCACCAUAGAAACAAAACAACGUUACAAAUUGAUGAGCUUGUGCUAUUUAUACGGCUAUGCGCUAACUCAACACAUUCGAUUUAGUUUCAGGUUUUGGUUGAAAGAAUUUCUAUCGUACUGUUAUAAUUCAAGUAGAUGGUGAACAUAAUUUGCUAGGAAAAGAACAACUACCCAAGCAAGUUAGGGCUGGCUAUAUGGAUCCUCAUUGUUCAUGUCGCUCCAUUAAGCUCAAUAUUCUAUAUUGUGAGGAUUCAUCAUAAGUUGAUUAGUUCUACGUUGGCCAUUAACCUAUCCUAACCCUCCUUUAUUGGGCUUGGGACCGCCAAAGUGAGCAAGCUCACACCGAGAAUUAAUUUUGCUAAUAGCAUGCUCGGUGCGAACUUUGUUAUGGCAAAUGAUAUUGAUUUGUAUCUUGUUUUUGUUGGGGCAUUGAUUUUACAUUAGCAGGGUGAUUUACAGAGGGUGUGACGUGCAUUAUUUUAUUGUUUGACGUUGGUGAAUAAUCCAGCUCAACAUAAUUUUGUAAUUUAUGCAGCUCAUACAAGUUCCAAUAGCUCAGCAUCUUGUUGAAUUCUGCAGUUGAAAGCUAUAUCAUCUUGCAGGCUAACUUCAUUGAAUCCUUGGAAAGUUGUCAAAGUGUUACGCGAUGGAUAUGAAAGGUAUAUCAUGGGUUGGAGAUAUAUACCAGAAAUUUGAAGCUAUGUGUUUGGAGAUGGAAGAUGCUAUGUACCAGGAUACCGCUAGAUAUGUUGAGAAUCAAGUGCAGACUGUUGGUGCAAGUGUCAAGAGGUUCUAUUCAGAUGUGGUGCUAGAUUUGCAUCCUCAAUUUAACAUAGAUCCCGUGAAAGUUGCAGCUGCUGACUUGUCUCUUAAUCCCUAUGCUCACACUGAAAUCAGCAAGAAGCUGAAAGCAAAACUUAAAGGAGGACACCCUAGGGGAAUUAAUAAGGAAUUAAUUGAUGAUACUCAAGUGAUCAAGGGGAAAAGCAAAAGUGGAGGAGUUUAUAGACGUCAAAAUAUUGGGAUCAAAGAGAUUGUCAGAGAUAAUCAUCCUCCAUCUAAGAAGUCGGUCGCUCUCUGUCUCGUAUCAGGGGAUGCAAUUAAAUUGUCCUCAGAUGCUAAGGUUAGGGGAGGUUUUGAAGUGGCAUCUGACCGCAUGACCAUGAUGUCGCCCUUGGUCUCAGUUAUAGAACCUGACUCUGCAGAAGCAGGAAAGGAGGUUUCCAACCAUAUUGUAAAUACAAAUGUGCCUUCAGCAGGUAUAUCGGUUAAUGCUGCAGCUUCUGAUACGAGCUUAUCAGUUGAUUGUGUUGGGAAGAACCAAACAGACCUUGGGAACACUUCCUCUGUUGGUGACUUGCAAUCAGACUCUCAUGCAGAUAAGGGUACACACAAGGAGUUGGCUGGUGAGACUGCAUUAAAGAUUAGCAGUAAUACUCACGAUAAUAAUGUUGCCAGCGAGGAGAUCAAUGAGUCCAAAGAGAGAUCAGAUAGAUUUUGUUCUGCUACACCUGAGAAGUAUGACUUGAUCGAGUCCGAUGUGGAAAUUGUUGACCAUUAUGACGAAUCAAAGUUGGAGGAAACUUGUGUCCUGGUUGAAGUGGACAGACUUCAUGUUCCACAGGAUUCAGUCAAACGAAAGUCAUACAAGAAGAAGCUCAGGCAAGUUUUUUCUUCGAAAAAAAAGUCAACGAGUAAAGAGUAUGAGAAGCUUGUAACAUUACAUGGAGAUCAACAGCCUAACCUAGAGCCUGAAGAAAAGGUGAUGCAGGUUCUCACCAGAAACUCGAAAGCAAAAAAUUUGUCAUCAGCUAAUGAUCAUUCUGAAUCUGACUGGGAGUUUCUCUAGAUAUGAUGCAUUACAAUAACAUACCCGUGUAAUCCCACAAGUGGAUAUGAUGCAUUGUUGCUAUAAAAUUGUAAUGUUGCUUUUGCCAAUCAAUAGAUGACUUUGUACAUAAAACCAAGAUUGAAAGAGGAAGCAGCUGGUAUUAUGAUAAGCCAAUUAUUUCUGUUUAGACUGCUCCUGUAAUAUAACCAGUUAAUAAUACAUGGUAAGUUGAAGCACCUUUUAUUACAGA